ACGAAGAAGGAACUGACUGACCAGAAUCAAAAGAGGAACAGUGCUCAGCCCAAGCAAGUCUGAUGAAGGGUGGCUGAGAGCUCAGCACUCCCAGGCUUUGAAGUGAGUGGGAACAUGAUUUAAAGUGUUUGGGUAACAAAGAGAGGUUUGUAGAUGGUGGAUUUCCCAACCUCCCCUUUCUUGAGGUUUCUACUGUACUAUUGUCUUCUGCUUCAUUUUGUGAUCCACUGAAAGAAAAGGAAGGUCUGGAAAAGAAAUGGCUAAAAGAGCCUCCAAACUCGGUUUUGAACCACAACAGGCUACCAAAAAUUGCAUCUGCCUGAGCAUGCACAUUCAUUAGCCACAUCGAGCCGCUGACCACUGUGUUGAAAUGUUGAAAAGCUUUGUGAGCAAUUCGAUGGGCGUGGCGGUUGGCGUUUCCCUCCUUAUACUUCUCGUAGUCUGUGGAAUUGGGUGUGUUUGGCACUGGAAGCGCAGGGAAUCCACAGCACUUACCUUACCGAAGUUUUUGCAAAGGAGAAAUAACAGACAUAAGGACUUCGCAAAAACCCUUGACUUGAACCCCCACAUGGUUUGCCCAAGCUCUAAAACUUCAGGGGAAAGCAAAGGCCACAAGUCUACCGUCAAGAGAAAUACACCACAUGGCGAGUAUGAAAAUGUGCAAGUCGGUCCCGCCAGCACGGAGGCAUCAACCGAGAAGGCGCUAUAUGAAAACACGCAGCCAUCUAAUCCCGAGGAACAUGUCUACGGGAAUCAAACAGACGCCCUCUAUUGUAAUUUCCAGAAGCCUAGUCCUCUUCCUCCUCCCCAAGAUGAUGACACAUACAUCCUUCCAGAUUCCUACUAGCUUUUCAACGAACUGAGACUCGUUGCUGCAGGAAAAUAAACGAUCAGCAGGCCUCCGGGUGGACUGAUGUCAUCAUGAUCAAAUUAUCCUGAUGAAAUCAGUGCUCUCUUUUCUGUCUCCACCCUCAUAAAUCCUCACUAAGAGAACCACUGUUGACAAAUUCUAGAAACCACCUCUGCCUUGGAUUAAAUCUGUGCUAUAUUAUAUUAAUUCUUCUUUUUAAACAUUUGUUGGUACAGCUUUCUUUUAUUCCUUCCUUUGCCCACUUUGAGGCUUAGUAUUAUUGCCACAGUCUCUAGCAGUUCAUCCUUCUUCUCUUGUUUUUACCUUGAUGAGGGGCUAACCUUUCACACACAAGGUAAGUGCUCAACCAUCACAGAGCCACACCUCUGGCAAGGUUUUCCGAAUUAACUCCAUCCAAUCAAUAGCCUAUUGAUAGUGCAGCAGAUUGAUCUUCAGGAAACAUUAUAGAUCAUAUCAUAUCAUUAAACAUCAUAUCAUUUCUUUGCCAAAAAAACCUUUAUGUCCUGUUUGCAAAAGGCAUAAAGCCCACACAUCCGAGUCCAGAAUUUAUGACUUUUUCAGCUACAACGUUCUUUCUCAGUUAUUUCCCUAACACCUCGCUUCAUUGCUUGUAUCAAGUCAUCUCAAAGCUACCAAGCCCCACUCUCUACCCCACAGCUUGUCCACCUUCUCAAGCCUCCGAUUACAACUUCUUCUCCCAGCAUCCUCUGCAUCGCGUUAAAGCCUCCAUUUCCCUUAGAUCUUACUCCCUGUUUAAUUCUUGGAGAAUUUGAAGAUAUCAAUGUUUGCUGUGAACUUUAUUACUAAAUAAUAUGAUAACACCUUUAGUGUCAGCUAACUAGGAAGGAACUGGUUCGUAGUCAUACUUUAAGCCCCAAGGAAAUCAUAUGGGGAACU